CGGGGGUCGACGGCGAUGGGGCUCGCUGAGGAGGAAGAAGGGGGUGGAAGGCGGCUCCGCGGCUGCUGACCCUCCGCGGGCAGCGAGCGGGGGCCCGUUGUCCGACAGGGCUGGUAGCAGCGGCGGUUAAGAAGACAGAUAAAUUGAAGCUAUCAAGAUGAGCAGAAAGCCUCCACAUCGUCCUGGGAUCACAUUUGAAAUUGGUGCUCGGUUGGAAGCUCUGGAUUAUCUACAAAAAUGGUAUCCUUCACGCAUUGAGAAGAUAGACUAUGAGGAAGGAAAGAUGCUUGUCCAUUUUGAACGAUGGAGUCACCGUUACGAUGAAUGGAUUUACUGGGAUAGCAAUCGGUUGCGCCCGCUUGAACGGCCUUCACUGAGGAAAGAGGGCCUAAAAGAUGAUGAAUUUAUUGAUUUUAAACCAGGAGAAGAGGUUCUGGCUCGUUGGACAGAUUGCCGAUAUUACCCUGCAAAAAUUGAAGCAAUUAACAAAGAAGGAACCUUCACUGUACAGUUCUAUGAUGGAGUGAUUCGAUGUCUCAAAAGAAUUCAUAUCAAAUUGAUGCCAGAGGAUGCCAAGGGGCAGGCGCGCGAGAGGCAGCAGAUAGCACCGGAGCUGAGAUUAGUGACGGAUAACGAGCCACGUGAAGAUUGGAUAGCUUUGGUCAAAGCUGCAGCAGUGGCAGCCGCAAAAAGCAAAGCAGGAGUUAAGCCACGGACAAGCGUGAAUAGUAAUAAAGACAGCAAAGAAGAGAGAAAGUGGUUUAAAGUUCCUUCCAAGAAGGAAGAGACCUCAACCUCAGCCAUUGUCCAGAAAGUCCAGAAGAAAGAAGAGCAGCCCGCAUCCAGUGAGACAUUUGGAUUCCCUCUAGUGGAUGUCCCAAAGAUUGCCUUUGUACAGGCAGAGAAUGCAUUAGCGCACAAGAGGAAAAGCAAUCUAGGCAACUCAUUUCAAGCAAAGAGGGCUCGUCUUAACAAGAUCACUGGAUUGUUGGCAUCCAAAGCUGUCAGUGCUGAUGGUGCUGAAAAAAAAGAAGACAGCAAACAAGCAGCUCCAGUCUUGGAGCAGGAGAUAUCACCUAAGCCUCAAAGUCAGAAAAAAAAUGAAGCUGAUAUUAGCAGUUCUGCCAACAUUCAGAAAUCGGCACUGUUGCCCUCCAACUUGUCUUCAGGAAAGGCUCGCAGCAAGAAAUGCAAACAAGAAUCUGGAGAUUCUGCAGGGUGUUUAAAGCCCCUUAAAACACCAAUUUCCCCAGAGUUAAUACAAGUGGAGGAUUUGACCCUGGUCUCCCAGCUUCCUUCUUCUGUGAUAAAUAAAACUAGUGGAUCACCACCAGUGAAUGUCUGUAGAUCCUUCAAAAAUAGCCACCGGAGACGAAGAUUACAACACCUAGCGACUGAUUCGUCGCCUCGUGAUUCUCUAGAAAAAGUUCCUUCCCUCUCUCCAGUCAUUGAUGGUAAAGUGUUCUCCAUCAAUGCCCCAAAUGAACCUCGCACAUUACUGGAGGUUCCCAAUGUUGCUCAUGUGUCCCUUGAGAAGCAUGGACUGUGUCUCCCUCUUGACUUAAGCAGUAACUUGGAUGUUUCAGCACUGUUAACUGGGGAGGCUGCCCUCUAUAGCCGGCAGCCCAAUCAAGAGAGAGAAGAGAACCAGAUUAUCAGAUGCCAUCUUUCCAAAGCAGGAACUGAUGGCAGGGUAGCUCCGGUGGCAUCAGGAACACUGAAAAUUGAGAGAAAAUCAAAAUUGGAAGAGAGAUGCUCAUCUUUGCUUGGUAAAAAGAAGGAGAAGGAAAAAAAAGGGAAGAAGGAAAAAGAUCAGAAGUCAAAACAGAAGAAGAAGAAAAAGAAAAAGAAGAAAUCAAAGCAGCAUGAUUACUCCGACUUUGAGGACAGUUCUCUUGAAUGCUUCGACAGGUGCUCCUCCCCCUUCACUAGGUCCUCUGGCAGCUCGCUGACUCUACGCAGCACCACGACGGAGAAGAGCACGUCCUAUCAGUACCCAAGGGCUAUUUUAUCUGUCGAUCUCAGUGGUGAAAACCUCUCUGAUAUGGAGUUUUUGGAUGACUCUUCUACUGAGAGCUUGCUGUUGAGUGGCGAUGAAUAUAAUCAGGAUUUUGAUUCAACCAAUUUUGAAGAGUCUCAGGAUGAAGAGGAUGCUCUGAAUGAAAUAGUCAGGUGUAUCUGUGAAAUGGAUGAGGAAAAUGGCUUCAUGAUUCAAUGUGAAGAAUGCCUUUGUUGGCAACACAGUGCAUGUAUGGGAUUGUUGGAAGACAGCAUUCCUGAGCAAUAUAUCUGCUACAUUUGCAGGGAUCCACCUGGUCAGAGAUGGAGUGCCAAAUAUCUCUGUGACAAAGACUGGCUGAAUAAUGGCCACAUGUGUGGCUUGUCAUUCUUAAAAGAGAACUAUUCUCAUUUAAAUGCCAAAAAGAUUGUGUCAACGCAUCGCCUUCUGGCCGACGUGUAUGCUGUUACAGAAAUAUUACAUGGGCUACAGCUGAAGAUUGGAAUACUAAAAAAUAAGCAUCACCCUGAUCUUCAUCUCUGGGCUUGCACAGGUAUGCGGAGAGAUCAUGACCAAAUCACUCUUGGAAUAGAAAGAACGGUCCUAACUGUGCCAGAAGCCAUUAAUUCCUCUGGAAGGACGUGUCAUAGUCAAAAUCAUAAAGAGCCCCCUCGUUUAGCUCCAAAGGUGGAAGAAACAUACAUCAGAAGUGAACACAGUUACCAGAAACCAAGUUUUGGUCAGGAUUGCAAAUCGGUUGUUGACCCCACCAGCUCAGAGGAUGAUGACACCAUCAGUUUUGAACAUAAUCAGGAGCUUUUCUUAGAAGAAAAAAACUGUUUACAAUAUUCAUCUACAGAAGAUGGUUUUGGCCAUCAGAAGCAUUCAGCUGAAGGGAACACCGUGUUUGUAUUCAAUGAAAAAAGAGGAGCCGAAGAACACGUGGAUGCUCGUCUUCAGUGGCAGCUAAACCUCCUUACCCACAUAGAAAAUGUGCAGAAUGAAGUCACUAGUAGAAUGGACCUGAUUGAAAAGGAAGUUGAUGUGUUAGAAAGCUGGCUGGAUUUCACUGGAGAAUUGGAGCCACCCGAUCCCCUUGCACGUCUGCCUCAGCUCAAGCGUCGGAUUAAGCAGCUCAUUUCUGACAUGGGUAAAGUCCAACAAAUUGCCACCCUUUGUUCUGUAUGACAAAAGGGAAGAUAAAGGAAUGCACACAGACUCCAACUGUGGGUUUCUUCUGAUUCACAAGACUCACAAAAGGGUACCUUUAAAAAAACAGAAGCCCAAACGAUGUUCCUUAUUCUCUGCCGAUUCUCUCAUUAGCCUGGAAGUGGUGGGUGGGAUGGGGUGAGGGAGAAAUCUCACUUAGAAAGGAAAGAUUGUACCAGUUUGAUCAGAAAAGCAGGAAAUAAAGAAGAUUGUUUAUUCCUUUCCAUGAACAAUGGUUUAAGAACCUCAGCAAAGGCAGGUUUUUCUAUGCUUUCACAUGCAAUAUCAAGGAAUAAGUCCACAGACUGUUAAUCACAAAAUAAGAAGCCGGCCAAAGCAAUCUGCAUUGGAAGAAGGAACAAACUUACAUUGUUUUCUUUCAGUCUGGACAGCAGAACAAGGUGAUUUGUCCCUAUUGGUAUCCUGAAGGGUGAAAAAGUUGAACAAAUGCCUGUUUUCCUUUGUACUGUAGAUAUCCAGGAAAAUGAAAAAUUUUAGCUUCCCUUUCAGAAGAAACUAUUUUCUAUGGUAGCCUCUCUAUGAGUAUUUUUUUAAGCCAAGCCUUCCUUGCAUUGAAUCUUAUGCUCCAUUUUUAGAAACCAAACUGGGAAGGUAAAGGUCAGAAGUGCCAAAAAAUUCUUUAAAAAAACACUGAAAUGGGAGUGUGUGAGGACAGUUGAAGGGGACCUUUCCCCUGACUUCUCAUAUCAGAUCCUCCAUAUUGCCAGCAUCAUCCGGGAUUGUGUCUCAUUCAUAUUUGAGUAAGCUCUAAUUAUAGUAUUGAGGGAU